GGCAAAGCAAAGCACAACUCCCCCUCAAAAAAAAAAGGAAGCAAACCAACCCCCGCGCCGCGAACUCUCCGGUGGCUUCUCCCGGACUCCCAACGCGAGCCGCCACCCUUCCUCCCCGCGGCAAAGCCUCGCCGUGAUGGCCAUGCUUCUCCGCCGACGCCUCCCCACUCUGGUCCGGCUCCUCCGUCCACUCCAGACCGAGGCGGCGGCCUCCUCCUCACCCCCGCUGCAUCCUCUCCAAAAGCCUGUAGCCGCAUCCGCCUCGCCUUCCGUCGCACCAGGGCCACGCCUACGGUUCCCCAAUGUAGCGCCGCACGUGUCGGCCUCCUCGGCUGCCGCCUUUCUCGCUGCGGGAGCGGCCGCCGCGCUCGCGUCGCUGCCGGUGGUGGUGGCCUACGCCGAUGCCAAUAAUGAGAAGGGCGUGGUCGACACGGCGGAGUGGGUGCCGGUGAGCGCUGAUGCGGCAGUGGGGGAGGAUUUGGCCCGCAAGGAGAAGAAGAGGAUAAUGGAGCUUAUUGAGAGCCGAGGGAUGCCGCUCGGAUCGUACCCGCAGUUUGAUGUUGCAAUGAAGGGCCAGAAGGUGGUUGUUAAAUUCAAUGUACCUUCAACCUGUAAUAUAUCAUGCCUCAUUGUCGAUCUUGUCAAGCAUCUUGGGCUUGAGGCAGAACAAUUUGGUGGCGGCUCAGAGAUGCUAUUGCGUGCUUGGGACAGUGCAGCUGCACGUCAAAUAACGUUGAAUCCUCCCAAAAUGACGGGCAUUGGAGAUAACAAUGAAGAUCAUCUUUGUGUUUUGAUAUUUGAGCCACUUGUUGGAUCUGAAUAUUCCGAAAUUGAAUUCAUCAAGCCUAGCAGUUUUAGUUUGAAAGAACUUGAAGCUUUGAUCAGUGCUUUAAAAUUAGCUGGGCAAAAAGAUAUUAAGGCAUCAUCAGGGAAAGCAUCAAGCAAAGGAAAGGAUCAGAGAUCUAAGCAUCUACCAUCUAUAGACAAAACUGUAUCUGAUUUAGAGGCUAUGGGGGUUAAGGUUUAUGGGUUUGAUGAAGCCUCUAGUGUUCCAAUGGAUGGCACUUUAAUGUGGGAAAACAUUGCUGGAUAUGAACCUCAAAAAAGGGAGAUAGAGGAUACUGUACUCUUGGCUUUACAGAAUCCUGAGGUGUACGAUGACAUUGCUCGUGGUACACGUUGCAAAUUUGAGACAAAUCGACCUCGAGCUGUACUGUUUGAAGGUCCACCUGGGACUGGUAAGACAUCUUCUGCUCGAGUUAUUGCCAAGCAAGCAGGAGUUCCACUGCUAUAUGUGCCAUUAGAAAUCAUAAUGUCAAAAUAUUAUGGUGAAAGUGAGCGCCUGUUGGGAUCUGUUUUUUCUCUUGCCAACAAACUUCCUGAGGGAGGCAUUAUUUUCCUAGAUGAGGUAGACUCUUUUGCUAUUGCCCGAGAUAGUGAAAUGCACGAAGCUACACGAAGGAUAUUGUCAGUAAUUCUGCGACAGAUUGAUGGGUUUGAGCAGGAUAGGCGGGUGGUGGUUAUUGCUGCAACUAAUAGAAAGGAAGACCUUGAUCCAGCUCUCAUCAGCCGUUUUGAUUCGAUAAUUUGUUUCGGCUUACCGGAUCAGCAAAGUCGUGCAGAAAUAGCUGCUCAAUAUGCAAAGCACUUGAGCAAACCCGAGUUGGCUCGAUUUUCCAUUGUCACUGAAGAGAUGGCAGGAAGAGAUAUCAGGGAUAUUUGCAUGCAAGCAGAAAGACGUUGGGCAUCGAAGUUGAUCAGGGGACAAAUUCCAAAAGAUGGGAAAGGGGAACCCGCUCUUCCUCCAAUUGAUGAGUAUGUUGCAUGCGCCGAACAGCGAAGAAAGUCUUUGCCUGAUAGAACAAGACCGACGUCCAAAUCCAGUGUUCUGAAAUUAGCAUGAAAAAACUACAUGUCUACGUUACUAUAUCAAACUGUAAUUGAAUGCGGAUGUGUAUAUGUAAAGUAGUGGCAAUAUACUUGGAAAACUGCAGUUAUCCAAAUUUUGUAGAUCAGAAAACGUGGAGCAGUGGAGUAGGAUAAUCUAAUCGAUAAAGGCGAUCUGCAUGUUUUUUAUAAAGCAAUGAUCCACCGAGUUGUGUCAACUGCAAAUUUUGCUUCAAAAUUGUGGCUUGAAGCUGUUCUGACAA